UACGUAGAAACAAAAAAUAAUAUGCGAUACGCUUUAUGUUCAGUAUUUAUUCAUGUACCGUCACAUUUAAUGAUUGUAGAUUAGAUUUUUAUAAUUCACUAUCAUUGUAUAUGAUCGUUUAUCGAUAUUGAUUAAAUACUGCAAAAGUACAAUUAUUGACUGUUUCAAUUAGUUUUCAUUAUUAUUUAUACUUAAAUUGUAUGCAUCAUAAACAUAAAUUUUUUUACGUUUUAUUCUAUUUAGUGAUUAUUGUUUGUUAUUUAUUUUAUAAUUAUAAUAUGACACGUAUUAGAUAUUUUAUUUUAUACAUUUUCGUUUUUAAAGCAGCUCUUGGACAGUUUGGAGAUGAAAGUUGGAUACAUAAUGGGAACAAAAGUCAUAAACAUCAUAACGACAACAGAGAUGAUAAUUAUCACAACGGAGAUAGUGAAUAUAAUAAUGAAAAUAGAGAACAAGAAAAUAAUUGGAAUAAUAAAAACAGAAAUAUGAAUGAUGGCUAUGGAUCAAAUAAAUAGUGAAUCAUUAUUUUCAUCUUCAGGACCUAGUACUUCACCAAGACCAGGUGGACAUCAUCACGGGCAUGGUGUUCACAUGCACUAUAACGGUAAUAGAGAAAGUGAAAAUUAUUUCGGAAAUGGUGGUCACAUGAAUUACAAUGGGCACAGAGAAGAUGAUUAUUAUCACGGGAAUAGAAGUCAUAUACAUCAUCACGGAAAUAGUGAUCAUGUGCACCAUAAUGUAAACGGAGAAAAUAAUAACCAUCAUGGAAAUGGUGGUCACAUACAAAAUCAUGGUCAUAGUAGUGACACAUACCAUAACGGGAACAGAGAAGAUAAUAAUUACUAUGGAAACGGCGAUCGUGGGAAUAAUUAUGGAAAUAGGGAACAUGAAAAUAAUUGGAAUAAUGAAAAUAUAAAUACAAAUAAUGGCUAUGGAUCUAAUAGUGAAUCAUUUAUUACAUCCCCAAGACCUAGUAUAUCAUCGGGACAUUAUCACGGGCAUGGUGGUAACAUACAUUAUAAUGGAAAUAGAGAAGAAAAAAAUCACGGAAAUGGCGAUUAUGGAAAUAAUUGGAAUGGUGAAAAUACAAAUAUGAACAAUGGAUUUGGAUCAAAUAGCGAAUCAUUCCAUAUGUCCUUAAGACCUACUUCUUCGCUAAGACCUUUUACUUCAUUAAGACCUAAUUGGAAUCAAAACGAAAACAAUUUUUAUGGAGAUCAUCCGGGAAAUCGUGAAAAUAAGAAUAAUUAUACUGAUAGAAAUAACAGUAAUGGAAGUAAUUGGAAUAAUGAGAAUAUAAAUGCAAAUAAUGGAUUUGAAAAGAAUGAUGGAAGGCUUUAUUCAUCUCCAAAGCCAACUAGUUUUUCAAAACCAGAAAGUAUUAAUCAUGAAUCUUAUUUAUCUUCUAAACUACCCACAGAAAGUUCAUGUGGUCUCAUUAAUGCAACUCUCAAUGAUAGGAUUGUUGAUGGUAGUCCUGCCGAACUUGGUGAUUGGCCAUGGAUUGCAGCAUUAGGGUAUGUAAGUACUAAUAAUCCCGAAAAAAUUCCACAAUGGUUAUGUGGUGGUACAUUAAUAUCUGAUAAGUAUGUUGUUACGGCUGCUCAUUGCACUGUAGGAAUAGGUAAGAGAAAAAUAUCUGUUGCUCGAUUAGGAGAUUUGGAUUUGAAUCCUGACGUUAAUGAUAGAGCUAAUCCAAUUGAUGCCCCUGUCGAUAAAGUUAUCACUCACAAAAAAUAUAAUAGCCAAGAUUACACUAACGAUAUAGCUUUAAUAAAGUUGCAACGAUCAAUUUCCUUCAAUAGUGGUCCUUCAAGUACUGCAUUAUUGAAAGCUCCAGUACCUAUAGUAGAUAUCGAUGAUUGUAAACGAUCCUACGCCAAUAAAAAAACAGUUAUUGAUGAAAGAACAUUAUGUGCUGGUUAUAAAACUGGUAAAAUUGAUGCAUGCCAGGGAGAUUCUGGAGGACCUUUGAUGUGGUCACAUAAUUUAAAAUAUUAUUUAAUUGGAGUGGUAUCUUUUGGAUUCAAAUGUGCAGACCCUGAUUUUCCUGGAGUAUACUCAAGAGUAACAUACUUUGUCGAUUGGAUCGUUAAAACUAUGGACAAAAACUAAGUCUAUCAAAUUUGACUAUUUGAUGAUACAGUUUAAUUUAAAAAUACAGAUUAAAUUACCAUUUUAACACGGUAAGUAUUUAUCUUAAAGUUGUUAUCGAAUCAUCAAGAUUUUUGUAAAAAAAUCUAUUUUAAAAUUUUAAAAAUAUUUAAAAAAAAAUUAUUUUUUAUCCGAGAAACGUUACAAAUUAAUAAAAAAAAAGUUUCAUCAAAUUGGUUUACUUUGGGUAGUAGUUAAACUCAAAUCAAUUUAAUAUCUUUUAUCAUUUUUGUCGUAUAGUCGUUUACAGAACUAGUAAAAUGUAUACGUAAACAUUUUACAGAAAUAAU